CAAUUUCACUGCGAUUUGCAUUGCAAUUUGAUCAUCCAGCCGCGCCAUCGCCUUCGUUACUAAACAUUGAGAAUACAAAAUUUCUUAUCAAACUUCUAGCACUAGGGAAUGCUAAUGCUAGACGAACCAAACUGAAAUAAUAAAAACGGAAACUCAUAUUCAAGAUGACGAGUCUCAAAAGACCUCAGGGCGCUGACUCGUAUUCUCCGAAUCUCUCGAGCAAGACCUAUGUGAGAUCUACCAAGAGCGGCAAGGUCCAAAAGAUUGUGCGCGAGGUCUAUCUUCGCCAAGAUAUUCCUUGUUCCUCCAAGCUAUGUUCAAAAUGUCUUGCCACAGCACCAAGAAACGCGAGCGGAGAAUUAAGCCCGUUCGUCCUCUCGGACAAGCCAGCAGGCACCAAGGCUUUCCCGCAAGGACAUUACCUUGUGCCAGACACAAAUGCUCUGCUUAAUGCUAUGGAUCUGUUCGAGCAGAGCUCUGCAUUUUAUGACGUUAUUAUUUUACAAACCGUCCUAGAGGAACUACGCAACAGGUCUUUGCCGCUAUAUAAUCGGCUGAUUGGCCUGACUAAAAGUGAAGACAAACGCUUUUACGUAUUCUUCAACGAGUUCAGACUCGAGACCUACGUCCCUCGAGAACAGGAUGAGACCAUCAACGACAGGAAUGACAGGGCCGUCCGGCAAGCUGUCAAGUGGUACAAUGACCACCUAAACCAGAACAAGAGCAAACAGCUACCGGUAACGGUCAUGCUUACAGACGAUAGAUUAAAUAUCGAAAAGGCCAAAAAGGAGAAGAUUCCGGCUACUACAUUACGUGACUACGUAUCAGGACUCGAGGACGCAGACCGACUACUCGACAUGAUUCCUGAAUCACAGGAGCGAGGCAUAUCCAGAGAUAAGAAUACCUCUGAGUUCCUCUAUCCCGAGUAUUAUACCCUCUCAAAGAUGAUGACCGGAGUCAAGAGUGGCAUUCUCCAUCAGGGUAUCUUUAAUGUAUCCCCGUACAAUUACCUUGAAGCUUCGAUCAAGGUCCACGCGUUUCCAAAAGCACUUAUUGUUCUUGGACGUGAAAACAUCAACCGUGCAGUAGACGGAGAUGUUGUGGUCGUGGAAGUUCUCCCCCAAGACCAGUGGAAGGAGCCCUCUACCAAGAUUAUCGAGGAAGAAGCCAUCACGAAGAAUGAGAAUGCCGACAAUGAAGAAGGUGGUGAUAUGGUUACCGAACAGGAGAGGCGAGCUCUACAAGAGCAAGUCAAAAAGACACAUGGUUUAAGCACAGAAGGUCGACCACAGCCUACUGCAAAGGUGGUCGGUAUAAUCAAGCGAAACUGGCGUCAAUAUGUCGGUCAUGUCGACCCAUCAUCUGUUAGCCAAUCUGGCACCCAAGGUAGAAAGCAAGAAAGUGUCUUCCUAAUCCCGAUGGAUAAGAAAGUACCAAAGAUCCGCUUACGUACAAGGCAAGCUGGCGAGCUUGUUGGAAAGCGAAUACUCGUCGCAAUCGAUUCGUGGGAUCGUGAAUCUCGGCACCCCGUCGGUCACUUUAUCAGGUCUCUGGGUGAAUUAGAGAGCAAGGCCGCGGAGACUGAAGCGCUACUCCUCGAGUACGAUGUCCAAUACCGGCCUUUCCCGAAGACAGUGCUAGAUUGCCUACCUAAGGAGGGACACGAUUGGAUAGUACCACCCAGCACCGACGAUCCUGGUUGGAAAGAUCGGGAGGACCUUCGGGGCCUUCUUAUCUGCAGUAUCGAUCCUCCUGGAUGUCAGGAUAUCGAUGACGCGUUACACGCAAGACCACUACCAAAUGGAAACUUCGAGGUCGGUGUUCAUAUUGCAGACGUUUCGCACUUCGUGAAGCCGAGUAAUGCGAUGGAUACCGAGGCAAGCAUCCGAGGAACGACUGUCUAUUUAGUAGACAAGCGUAUCGACAUGUUGCCGAUGUUGCUAGGUACUGACCUUUGCUCCUUAAAACCGUACGUAGAGCGUUACGCGUUCUCGGUGCUCUGGGAAGUCAAUCAAGACGCCGAUAUCAUCAACGUGAGAUUUACCAAGUCUGUCAUCAAGUCUCGCGAAGCAUUCAGCUACGAACAGGCACAACUACGUAUCGACGAUGCAUCUCAACAGGAUGACCUAACCCAGGGUAUGAGAACGCUAUUAAUGCUGUCGAAGAAACUAAAACAGAAGCGAAUGGAUGCUGGAGCUCUAAGCCUCUCAUCGCCCGAAGUCAAGGUCGAGAUGGAAUCGGAAACCUCGGAUCCGAUUGACGUCAAGACUAAGGCACUGCUAGAUACCAACUCCCUUGUAGAAGAGUUCAUGUUACUCGCCAACAUCAGCGUUGCGAGUAAAAUCUAUGAGGCCUUCCCACAAACAGCCAUCCUACGUCGCCACGCCGCGCCACCUAAGACCAACUUUGACGAGCUAGCCAACCAGCUCAAGGUGAAGCGCGGAUUCGAGUUACACUUCGACUCGUCAAAAGCGUUGGCCGACUCUCUAGACCAAUGCGUAGAUGCGCGAGAGCCGUUCUUCAACACACUGGUGCGUAUCAUGGCGACGCGGUGCAUGAUGAGCGCCGAGUACUUCUGCGCAGGUACCCAAGCAUUCCCCGAGUUCCGACAUUACGGUCUCGCGUCUGAGAUCUACACGCAUUUCACGAGUCCAAUCCGACGAUACGCUGACCUCGUCGCCCACCGCCAACUCGCAGCCGCCAUCGAGUACGAGCCAAUGCACCCAUCGGUGCGCUCACGCGGACGCCUCGAGGCCGUGUGCAAGAACAUCAACGUGCGGCACCGCAACGCGCAGCUCGCGGGCCGCGCCAGCGUUGCGUACUACGUCGGACAAUCACUACGAGGCCGGGUCGCGGAGGAAGAAGGCUUCGUGAUGAAGAUAUUCAGCAACGGGUUUGUGGUCCUGGUGCCGAGGUUCGGUAUCGAGGGCUUGAUUCGACUACGGGAUCUGGCGGAGCCGGAGCCGGAGAGCGUGUUCGAUGCGGACACGUAUACGCUGAAGACUAGUGGGAGCAGGGAGGUUACUGUCGAGUUGUUUAUGAAGGUGGUGGUGCGUAUCCAGGACGUUAAGGAUGAGGCGACGGGUAAGAGGGGUGCGAAGAUGGAGCUUGUUAGGGCUGGUUAGAUAUUUUGACGAAGUGAGGGAAAUGGAUUUGGGGGUCUGGGUGUUGUCGUUUGAUAAAGGGAUAACACGACAUAGCUACAAGAGUCGAGUGCUUGAUCAUGAGAUUCUGUUGUUUAGGCGUAGUUAAUAGAUAUGCCUUCGUCGACAAUAGAGAACUGUCACUCGUGAA